CAGCACCAGUUUGCGCCCUGCUUUGUCCAGUAUCCAGCCGCGCCAUGGUGGACAAAGCCACAGCGGAAGUCUUGAAGGGUCUGGAGGACCCUUUGGUGAUCGAUGUGCGCGAUCCCAACGAAGUGGCAGAAGGGAAGGGAGGACCUCCCUCAGUGAUUCCUGGAAGCGUCAAUGUUCCACUGAACGUGGACGGCAAGAAACAGAGCGACUACCCCACAUCGCCGGAGGAAUUCCAAGCGAAGCUGAGCGCUGCCGGGGUGACGCUGCCACCGAAGGAGAAGGCGAUCAUCACACACUGCGGCACUGGGGGCCGCGGCGGCAAAGCCUGUGAGAUCUUGAGGGGCCUUGGCUACAGCAACUGCCACAAUGGUGGCGGUCCAGCCCACAUUGCCUCUGCGCGGGGCAUUGCGUGAGG